UAAAGAUUGCCAGGUAUAUAUGAUUAAUGGGAUUGAAUCGAUUGGUUAUUUGGUGAAUUUUACUGAAACAAGCUCGUUCUGCAGUAGAUGAAAAGCAAUGUAUUAAUAAAAAUCAGAGAGAUGAUGCUGAAUGUGAAUUAUAGCAGGCGUUCGGGCACAUUGCCAGUCAAAGGGUUGCUAUGGAUCAGUCUAUUAAUGUUGGCGAUCACAUGGAGUCAGGCGAAAGACAACAAUUGCUGUUCGGAUGGUCUCAUGUGGUUACAUACGCUGAAUUGUUCUGAUGGCAACGCGAUUAAUCUCGCGUGCUCAUUUGGUUGGUACAUAGUUAAUCCUGAAAUGUACACGUCCGAUAACUUCACUAUAAUCGAGGAAUAUGGGAAACCGUGGCUGCAGUUUGUAGACACGAUAUCCACAAAAAUAGAAGCAGAGAGGUUCUGCGUGGCAAGAAAUCCGAACAAUGGUGUCAAAAUUGCUUUGGUAUGCACGGAUACCGAAUACGACGGUAUUCAAUGGAGAAACACAUUGUUCUGCACCCUGAGUAUCAUAUCGGCCAUAUUUUUGAUCAUCACCUUGGCAGUUUAUGUUUUGCUACCAGAAUUAAGAGAGAUUCAAGAUAAAGCAAUGAUGGCUGUAGUCACGUCAUUAACAGUUAGCUAUAUCAUCCUUUCCAUUCAGAUGUUGAGGAACUCGCACGAUGAUGAUUAUCAUAUAUGUGUCUCUCUAGGAUUUAUUUUAUAUUUCGGUUUUAUGGCUGUUUUCUUCUGGUUAAACAUCGUCUCAUUCAAUAUAUGGAGAAUAGUUUGGUUUAAAGAUUUUAUGAUCGGAGAUAAAAUGCUUUUUACUAUUUAUUCUAUUAUCGGCUGGAGUGGACCAUUAUGCUUAUUAAUUGCAAUUUUGAUUACUCAUCACGUAGAAGGAAACCAUCUGAAACCCGGUUUUGGAGAAAGUAGCUGUUGGUUCAAUGGACAUGAACAAACGUGGGCGUAUUUUUAUGGCCCAAUCAGUAUUUUAUUGACGUUAAACGUUAUCUAUCUCGGCCUAACUGGCUGGCGAUUGUGGCAUCAGUAUCGUAACUAUAGCGGAAGCAAAUUACGAGUACUUCGUUUUAAAUGCCUGCUUUACAUCAAACUGAUACUUUUCAUGGGCGUAACAUGGAUUUUUGAAGUGCUUUCGUAUGCUGAUCAUAGUAAACAAGAUUUCUGGAUACCGAUGGAUAUAGUGAAUGCAUUACAAGGCUUUAUAAUAUUCCUCUUGUUGGUUGGGACGCGAAAACGAGUGAGAAAGUUGUUGGCAAAAAAGAGACCUUGUGGGAUUGGCUUUCCAAAAUCUUGGGCAGCUUACGAGGAUGAAGAGUGCGAGGAAGUACUACCUGAAGAAGUCGAAUUAUCGCAACAUGAUUAGUGUUUAUAAAAAUAACUUUGUUUCUUUUUCGUCGCUAAUAACGUAACGUAAUAAGACGUGUAGUUUCUUCUUAUACCAAUAUAUUCGACUAGUCGAAGAUAAUCAUAAGUAAU